CGCCAACUCACCCUCGUCCACCCCCGGAACGUCGUCCAAGACGCGCUCCGUCCUCUCCUUACACCCACUCUCUUUACCAGUCCACUCUUUAUCUUUAUUAAGCCCCUUCUCCCCUUCCAACAAGGCGACCGCACUAUGGACUCUUACUUUGACGUUUCUCCCAUGUUGCCCCAAGAUAACACCACGGCGGACGCCCGCCAGAGGUUCGAGAGCUUCAAGUUUGGCGGUGGCGUUCCCCCUCCGAGCCAGGCCACCCAUCUUCGCCGCCCUUCACACGCGCGCUCUCGCUCUCGCAACAACUCUGUUACUUCUUUUACUUUUCCUUCUCACUCCCAGACUCCUUCUAUGAAUGAUGUCCCCUCUCAACUCCCCCCUGUACCAUCAAACUCUCCUCCCAAGCGCCCCAACUCACAUCAUCGACGCCGGUCUUCUGUCUCCACUCGCUGCGAGUCGGCAGAGCUUAUGGGUGUCUCCAUCCCGGACCUGCCCCUUUCGAACUCGAACGACAAUGUCAACUUUGGCGAUAAGGAUUCCAUCCGCCGCCGCGCCCUCUGGGCCCUCGAGGGCAAGCCUGACGUAUCAUUUGCCAAGGUGGAAAUUCCCGAGCUUGAUUCGCCUAGUUUGUCCAAAGGCGCUUCCGACUUUCCCCCCAAGCCUUCAUACGCCCCUGCAUCAAGCCUUGGCGGGUUUUCCAAUGGGCUCGGCGCUACUUCUGGCAAGCGCGACUCUUUCAAGUUCAUGACGUCGACCUCUUCCAUGGAUCAGCUGGGAACGUUGCUAGAGGAAGAGGAAGAAGAAGAAGAGGAUGUGGACGAGCAAGAGAAGGAAGUUGAAGAGUACACUCCCGCCUUCAUUGCUCCACUGUCUCUGGAGCCAAUCUCUUUGCCUAAGCCUGCCUCACGACCCCGGCCAGCGAGCCUGAACUUGCGACCCCUCUCCCUGGUUGCCUCCAACACAGUUCAGUCUGCGCCGAGCUGCCUCCCCACUCCCACCCAGACGCCCAGCCCUCGCCCACCUGUCCUGCGGUCGCGGACUUUGGGUUCUUCUUCCGGGUCGAAUGGUAUGCCUCACUCCGCCUCACCCGAUCGCUUCACGAUUGUCACGAACCCACUUUCAAAUGAUGGAUGUAUGGCUGCCUUCGCUAGCUCUCCAGUCCGCCGCCCUUCGCUUGAUUCACAGGCGGAUCCUUCUGAUGUCUCCCUCAAGAGGCGCAGCAGCAUUGGCUACAAGCACUCUAACGACUCAACGUCUCGCGAUCUGGUGGCUCUUCCAACUCCAGAGCUGACCCCCACCGAGCGCAAGUUUUCGACCGCGCUCGACUCCGAGUCCUCCGCUCCACAGCCUCUCUCUGCAGCAGAGCAGCAUUUUUUAUUCAAGUCUCACAAUCUGCUCUUGGCGCGUAUUUCUGACCUUGAGCGUGCGCUUCGUACACGUUCUCGGUCGCCAGCCUCUCGUCCUAUCUCCCUUGCGUCCGAUGCAUCUUUGACGCCGUCAGAACCCAGUGCCGAGCUGCUGCAGGUUGUUGCCGAUCUUAAGGCGGAGAGAGAUGAGCUCAAACGAGACGUUGAGGGGUGGCGAACUCGCGUUGCGGAUGCCAACCAGCACGCUAGUCUCCUCACCAAGCGCAUAGAACAGGAGCGCCGGGAUGCUUGGGUUGCCAGGUCUCGUCUUGGCUUGCUUGAGAUGGAGAAAGCCGGUGUGGACAAGUUGCUCGUAGAGAAGACCAACGAACUCCGGCAAACAAUGGAAAAAGCUGCCCUGGUCGAAAAAGAGCGCGACGAUCUUAGGUUCGAUGUGGGCGCACUGCAGGCCCGAUUGCAGGAUGCGGACUUCAUCAUGGGUGAAGUCGACAACCUACGUGCUUCGUUGGAUCAAGAACGGGCCCGGCGCAUUGAGCUGGAGAAAAUGCUCGAGGACGUUGGCAUGGGCCCAACCCCCAAGGUCGCGCGCGCUCCGUUUCAGGGUUCGUUCCGUUUCCGAGGCUUCCAAUCCAUAGAUUCAGAAAGCUCCACUACAGACGUGGAGUCGGUGGAUGACACCUUCAUGAAGGCUGAAACCACUUUGAACUCGGUCACUGAAGAGGAUGAAGAGGCAGACUCAGACGAAGAUGCUCUCGUUGGCUAUGAAGACGAGGACGACACCGACAUGAGCUUCCAGAGCCCCGAUGGUUCAUCAAUCGGCUCCGAGGAUGAGUUGUCCACCCGCUUUCUUCAGACUCCCUCACGGCCCUCCCAUGUCGUUCAGGGCUCUUUGUCCAAGACAUGGACUUUCCCUAGGGGUAAAGCGGUUGAAGUUGAACAAGCCGACGAGGUCGAUCAUUUCUUUGGCUGUCUGGAUGACUCCGACAACUCUCCUCUCGACAUGUUUGGUGACGAUGGCGGAAAGGGCCUUUUUGCUUCGUCGUUCGGUCAGCACGCUUGUGAUGACGACGAACUGCCCUUCAUCAUCCCUGCGCACGUUGGUACGGUUGACGGUCGUCCACCAUCGGUUGUCAUUGCCAAUCCGGGAGAUAUUGACGAGGACGAGUUGACUUUCCACGGUGAGGAAGUGGAGGGCGGUAUCAAGUUCACGUUCAACCCACCCCCACCUGUCUUCUGCGUCACUCCUUCCGUCGAUGACGAUGAUACUUCGUAUUUUGAUUAUCCCGCCUACGAGCAUGCCAUGAUCCCAACGCCAGACGACAACGCACAAGAGGAGCCCGAGUCGAUGCUUCCAGAAAUGGAGGAUUCGCCCUCCACUCCGACUCGCCAACCUCACGUCUUGCGUGCCCCUUCUCCUUCGUCUAUUCCUCGGGCAGUAAAUUCGUGGUCAUUCUCCUCGACUACCACUCCGCCCAGCGCCUCAAGGGUACCUACAGGUCCUUCAAGCAGAUCUUUUGCUUCCCCUCCAUCUCGUAUUCCGCAACUGGCGACACCAUCAAAGCUUCCGAGAAUCUCCGGCAAGGUGUCAACGGCAGGUACCAACAAUGGUUCGACCUCUAAGCCUUUGCCUAAGCCACGCGUGAAUGCACCUGACUCAUUUUCUCUCAUUUCACAGUCCUUUCGUCAGCUGCCUGCGGCUCUGCUUCGCGAACGGCACCAAUUGGCCACAACCCGGCGAUGAUGGACACCCUUCCCUCCCCUUUGGGGAACCGACUCGAUCGAUGUGAAUACCCCGAACCGCCUAUUUCAACCUUUUCUUCUUUCAUGUCUUCACCUUUAUCCACACGAUUCAACUUGCAAAAAUUCUCAAGCUUCAUCCCUCUGUCGUGGGCGGCACAGGAUGCCCCUACUGACCCCAGCCAACUGCCUGCCCGUACCGCGGAGUCAAGCGGGUAUGGUGGGCACAAUAGCCUCACGAGAGCAACAACUAGUAAAUACACCUCUCGAGAGAAACAGUUGGAAAGGCUCAGACAACGUCUACAGGAUGAAGGGCAGAUGGCUCAGAACAAGCUAGAUGUCGGUGUAUAUCAGGACGACAGUUCAGAUAUGCUGUACAUGUGAGUUGAACUGUUGUUCCGCCGUUUUGGCUGUGAUAUUGCCCGCGAUUGGCUUAGUCUAUAGUUUUUGUUUUGGAUGUCUUCAAACUGCCUGUGGCAGUCAGCAUUUUACAUGCUACGGCGUGACUUGUGUUUCCUGUAUUUAUACCGCACGCACGUACGUUUCUUGACAAGAACACUUAUGGACAUUUCUUGGUCAUGCCCGUAACUCCCAAUUCAUGCAUAUGUCCUGUUUCCUCUACAUCUAUCAAUGUGAGCUGCG